AUGGCUCCACCGGUCAGUGAUGUCCAACAGAUCUCCGCACCGAUUGAAACCUCGGAAGCGCUUGAAUACCGGGAACUGUUAGCCGAAGUACGACUGAAAGACAAACACAAACCACAGAUAGACGGAUGGCUUCAGGAGUUCCAGAUAGUCGUGAUGGCCAUCAAGAAUGACAAAAAAUCUUGUGAUCUCACGGAUCAACUGUGGCUUAAGUCAGCGAAAGUACCCAUAAUUCAGGAACCAUUUCCAGUGAGCGGUGAUCACCACUUCCAGACUCCGAGUGUCUGCCAUAUUAUCGGUGGCUAUGCGUUGGGAACAAGUCUUCGGGCGCCGGAAGUGCUCAUAGAUAUGGCGAUUGAGAUGCCGGCGAAGUGUUGGCAAAGACAAGACUGUCUGAACCACAGAUACCAUCGAAAGCGCGCCCUUUAUUUGUGUCAUAUCUUGCAAUCGCUGAAGACAUCACCACUGAUUGGUUCGGCAAAGUUUCAGUACAUUAAUGGACACCAUAUGAGACCAGUUGUGGUAAUAGCGCCCAGUGAUCAACGAUUAGCCAAACGAUUCCGAGUGUCUCUCACGGCUUACCCCGAAUCCGAUGGGAAGGCCUUCCGUUGGAUCCGAUUUAUACCCGAGAAGAAUAAUAUUCGCAGCAAUUGGUGGCAACCGAUGACCGGCCAAACAGCUGAUGGUGACAGUGAUGGGGACGACAGUCAAGAGGUGCCGACCCCUGUCUAUAACGCUUCCAUUCAACACGACUUGAAUCUGGUGUCCAAUCAUGAAGUGGUGGCCGAAGCGGUCAAACAGUGGGCGCCUCUGAGGGACUCUUUGAUACUUCUGAAGGUGUGGUUAAAACAGCGACGUCUGGACCGGGAGUUUGGGUUCUCCACCUCUAAGUGGGACUUAGAGGGUGUAUCGAUGACUGAAGACUUGAAUCAACCGCUUGGAUAUUACUUGUCGUACUUCCCGGUCGUGUUCAUCGAUGGUAGCGGUUAUCAUAAUGUCUUGUGGGACGUGACUAUCGAUUCUUAUGACCGAUUGAGACACGAGUCGCGGCUAACCAUCGCUAGUCUGGACUCUGGAUCCGGGUUUGAAUCGACAUUCUUGAGGGAAAUCACUUUUGAGACCAAAUUCGAUGUACUGUUUAAGAUUUCGGUUCCAUCGCUACUGAAGUCGUCAAAAGUGGGGGAUAUAUCUCAAGACAUUAGAGACCAGUGCGGAGAUACUGUCACCGCAUUUGUGGGCCAUUUA